AUGGCCACAAUCUCUACAUUGUCGAUCGACACCGGUCACAAAGAUAAAGCCAUUUCCCCACAAACACCCACUUCGCAAACGAGUCUCACUCCACCGGUGACUCCCAUUGCCGGAGAGAAUUCAAUACAAACCGCUCGGAAAGUCCCGCUAUACUUCACCGACGACUUGCAAAUAUGCUACGACAAUGAAAAACCUGUCGAAUUUGGUCGCGGCGCAUGGAGUACCGUCUACAAAGCAAAAGCCACUUUAACCGCGCCAACGCCAGUGUCAGCCCCGAGAAUAUUAACUCCACCAAGUUCACCACUCAGCUCGCCUGUCGCAGCCAGUAGCGUUUUCGCCGUCAAAGUUCCCACGCGCCGCGAUGCGCGCGCAGUUCUCCAGGCCGAGGCAAUAACCCUAACGCACCUGAACCUGACACUGGGCCACGAGCGAUAUGUAGUACCAUUCUUCGGGUAUCACUCUGACUCCGGUGCCCUCGUCAUGGCUGCAGUUCCGCGGCCCCUAUCAACCUACAUCGAAGACGAAGCCGACCUCAUACGCAAACGCCAAGUAACAACGUCGACGAUGUUCGACCCAAUCCUAGGCCCAGAGUCCUGGAAAGAUCUAGCGCGCAAGUUGAUUAGCGGCCUAUCCUGGCUACAUCACACAGCCGGCAUCAUUCACGGCGAUAUAAAGCCGCAUAACAUCCUCCUUCGCCCAAUCCAGGCCACCAUGGACGCAGGCGCAUUUCCAUUCGACCCAGUCUUUGCCGACUUUUCCUCCGCCAUGGAAAUUCCUUCCAAAGGAACGGAUCAGGAUACCAGCCGCUCAGCCAUGGCUGCCUCAACUCCACCUUUCACUGCGCCUGAACUGCUUUCGCUCAGCGAGGAGCUGCCAACCCCUGCUUCGGAUGUGUUUUCUCUCGCUGCUACACUGCUUGCUGCAGCUACUGGUGAUCUACUUCUCUAUCCCGGAUCGAGUAAUAUGCAACGUCUUGCCAUGGCGCGCGACGGACAUCAGAUUAUUGAGUUCGUGCGUGCUGGCGCUAAUGGUGUGCGUGUGCCUCGGGGUGGAUUUGUAGAGAAAUUAAUUCGGCAGGCUGUCUGUAAAGAUCCGGCGAAGAGGAUUGAUGCGAAGGAGUGGCUUCUUGCCGCUUGA